AUGCACGUGUAUCGAAAUGGAAGUUGCGUGAGCUCCACAAUUGAACCAGAUGCACCAAUAGACAUAUCCAAAUUCAAACACGAUACUAUAUCAUGUGAUCCGAGGAGUCAGUCAUAUUGGUUUUAUGAAAAAUCUGCUGAUGCAUUUCCAGGACAAGCAUUUGGUUUGCAAGUGGAUCAAAUUUUAUACCACACCAAGUCCCCAUAUCAAGAUAUCCUAAUAUUCAAAUCUACCACAUUUGGGAAUGUAUUGGUUCUCAAUGGUAUUAUACAAUGUACUGAAAAGGAUGAAUUUGCAUACCAAGAAUUAAUCACUCAUGUUCCAAUUAUGUCACAUCCAUCUCCAAAAAAAGUAUUGGUAAUUGGAGGAGGCGAUUGUGGGGUUAUUAGGGAAUUAGUUAAACAUGUUGAAGACAAAAGCGUGGAAUCUAUAACCAUGGUUGAGAUUGAUGAUAUGGUAAUCAAAUUACUGACUAAAUAUCUACCACAAAUGGCCAAGUAUCAUAACCAUCCCAAAUUGAACUUGAUAAUUAAUGAUGGGUUCAAAUUUCUUCGUGAAACUAAACUCAAAUUCGAUGUUAUAAUUACCGACUCUUCAGACCCAGAGGGUCCAGCAGAAGAGUUUUUCCAAGUCAAUUAUUUCAAAUUGUUACGUAAUGCCUUGAAUCCACGGGGGAUCGUCAUUAUGCAAUCACUGGAAAACAUAUGGCUUAAUUUAAAAUAUCUCAAGAAUUUAAUUAAAAAAUGCAAGUUUGUAUUCCCCAAUGUUAAAUUCUGUCAAUGUUAUAUGCCAAGUUAUACUUCAGGUCAAUUAGGGUUAUUAAUCGCAACAACUGAUGAAACAUUGGAUUUAACAAAGCCAUUAAGGACGUUUGAUAGAAGGAAGGAAAGUCAGUUGUUCAAGUAUUAUAAUCAAUUUGUGCAUCAAAGUUCGUUUAUUUUGCCUACUUGGGCACUAGAUUAUUUGGAACUUGAUGAGAAAGAUGCAUAA